AUGGGUCGCCUCUUCCAGAAUGACCCUACACCACCUCCGAGUUUCUACCACUAUCCAGGAGGUUAUGGCGGCAGGGCGGCGUCGGUCGCCAUAUCCGGUGCUCCCGUCGAGCGCCCGGUGGCCAACUACUACGACAUGUCGGCGCAGACCGAGCCGGGCAAGCCAAAGCCGGUAGUCUUCGGCCCGUCGCAGAUGAUGGACUACGAGCUGGAGUUUGCGGCCAUCAUCGGCAAGCCGCUGGCCAUGCGCCAGAGGCUGAACGCAGUAGACGCCGACGAGCACAUCUUUGGCUUUGUUCUCUUGAACGACUGGAGUGCCCGUGACGUCCAAAUCCUGGAGAUGCGGCCCCUCGGCCCCUUCAACAGCAAGAACCUGGGCACCUCCAUCUCGCCCUGGGUCGUGACCCCGGGCGCGCUCGAAGCGUUCCAGGCCCGCGGACCGGAGCGCGCGCAGCCCGUCGCCAGCUACCUGCAGGACCCGGAGGAGAAGACCUACGACGUCACCAUGCAGGUCGAGAUCCUGCCGCGGGGCCAGAAGCAUGGCGCGGUCACGGGGACGGCGAACGUGCAGAGCCUGUACUGGUCGGCGCGGCAGAUGAUCGCGCACGUCGUCAGCGCCGGGAGCGCGCUGCGCACGGGCGACCUGAUGGCCACGGGGACGGUGAGCGGGCCCGGCGCCGGCUCGCACGGGUGCCUGGCCGAGGCGACGCAAGGGGGUGCCGUGAGCGUGUCGGUCGGCGACGGGAUGGAGAGGCGGUUCUUGUUGGACGGGGACGUUGUGCGGAUGACGGCUGUGGCGGGCGGGCCGGACUCGGGUGUUGGGUUUGGGGACGCUGCAUCACAGGCUGACGACCCGGAUGGUCGCUUCGAGUCUCAGCCUAUUGGCAGCGCGGGUCAUCCCGAGCCAUGCCUGGCCACGGUCUCGAGGAAAGUGACAGCGCCAGGCGAGCGGAACCCAUGUGUACCUCCUCCAUCCUCUUUGAAUCCAUACAAUGUCACAGAGCUACCUGAUUUCAAGAUUGACAUGCUGCGCGAGAUCCUCGACAAUCCGUUCUUUGGCAGAAACAUUGGGGCUUGCUAUUACGCAGCUAUGCUGAUGCCCCCGACAUUCAUAGCCAUCGACAGUGCAAUGUCCGACCCUCGAAAGCUCGACAUGCCAAUGCUGCGGCUACACGAGUUCACUCGCAUGGCGUUCCCGGCGCCAAUCAACGAGUCAAGCCCGGGUCAGGUUGUCGGCUGGUGGUGGGACAGUGUCGUCAACCAGAAGGACGCCACAGAGAACUUCAUCAGCGCCAUUCGAGACAACUGCACCUACGCGAUCUGCCACACGAGGGGUGGUAUUGGGGACUCUGAUAUCACGGGAAUUGGGAUGUUGAUCUCGACCGGCAUGCUCAUUAUUCUCGCCGUCAUCUUCGCGAUCCCAGUUCUAUUCCGCCGAACGGGAGCCAACUGGCCCCCAACGACCGAAAAGCACAGAACACCAUCUCUUGCAGAUGGGGCAACACGCAGUAAGCGUCUGGUUGUGCGCGACGCCCUGACAGGGACCCUCGACGACCUCUUCUCCGCGAUCAUUUUCUUCACGCUGUCCGUGCAGGUCUCGUCGCUCGUCUACCGCUUCUGGAACAACUCGAUCUACGACAUCUACAUGGCCGAGGUCUUGAGCCUCAUCGCCGCCACGGCCGGGGUCAUGAUCUCGGCGGCCUACUGGCGCCACAACCGCAUUCGCCUACCUCUGCUCGUGGGCAGCGGCGUAUGCGCGUUGCUCACGGUCAUAUUGUUCUCGGCCGAGUUCUACUACCAGCACGACGUAAUGGAGGCGGAGGGCUUGCUGAUGGAGCGGGCGUGUCUGAAGCAUACAAUUGGCGGGACCAACCUGAACAACCUGGGUGGCAAGCGUGUGCACCUGCCUGUUUGCUUUGCCCUGUGGUGUCUCACCCUGCUGACCAGCCUCUUCCAUCUGCGGUGGGUUCGUGACCGGCUGCCCGUCAGGCGUUCCGAGGCCAGGAGCGGCAUGAGGUACUUUGCAUCGCGGCUGGCGGCGGCGAGUCCGCUCCUGUUCGGCAUCGCGACACUGACGUGGCUCUGCGUGCUCUUCUACAAGACGUGGAUGGACAUGGAAAGGGCGUUUGGCGCCGUCUUUGUCAACACGGCGAGUGAUUGGGGGUUCGGGCAGUUCCUGGCGCUGGCGACAUGGUUUCCGCCGAUUUUGCAGUGCGCGGACUUGUACCUCACUGGGAUGACGAGUGCCUUGACCAAGCGAUUGCCUUGGCCUUGGGUGGCUUGGUUGCCGGGGUCCGCGUCAAGAGAGGAGGCACCUGAGGCCAGCUCGGCUCGCAAGAUAGCAGGACAAAACAGAAAGAUGGUCAGCUACGGUGUCCUCGGCGGCGUCGCCGUCGUUGUCAUCGCCCUCCUGACCUUCGGCAUCCCCUGGGUCAUCGCCGAGUACUUCCCCUACAAGAGUCUCACCGCCCAGCGCACCGGCAAGCCCGAUGUCCGCACCAAGUCGUACAAGGGCCGGACUGCCCUCAUCACCGGCGCCAACGGUGCGUUCGGCUCCAGGGCCGCCAAGAUCUUUGCCCACCGGGAUGUCGAGACGCUCAUCUUGGUUGAUGUCAUGGACACCUCUGGUGUCAAGGAGCAGAUCGAGAAGGAGCUCGCCGAGCAGGGCAAGUCGGUGCCCAAGAUCCUGCUCUGGCAGAUUGACAUGAUGAGCUUCAAGGGCUGCCAAGAGCUCGGACGCAAGGCCCGCGAGCUCAAGAGCCUCGACCACGCCCUGCUGACCGCCGGUAUCCUGUCCUUCGCCCGCCGCGAAUCGCCCGAGGGCUGGGAAACUUCCGUCCAGGUCAACUACCUCUCGAGCGCCCUCAUCGGCCUCCUGCUGCUGCCCGUGCUCAAGUCGUCCCCUGGGAACCCCAACCCGCCCGUGCUGACCUUUGUCACCACCUUUGGCAUCUACCCGUCCUCCUUCACCAUGGGCGUGCCUAGCCGCGGCUCCUACCUCAAGAAGCUGAGCAACAACAGCGAGCUCAUGCAGCCUCACCAGUACGGCCGCUCCAAGGGCCUCCUGCUCUACUUUGCCCGCGAGCUCGCCGCCCGCGUCGACGAGACCAUGACCACCGCCAAGGGCCGCAAGGUGACCGUCAACAGCGCGGACCCGGGCUCCGCGUGGACGGCGCUCACGAACCCGAACCAGGCCAAGCUGAUCCCCCGGCUGAUCAUGAACCUGGGCGCCCGAGACCCGCAGAUCUGCGCCACCGCGCUCGUCAACGGUGUUUCUUCGCCCGCCGACGCCCACGGCAAGAUCAUGCAGGACUUUGAUACUGCCUCAUAUCCGCCCUUCAUGAGCAGGAAGAGCGGACGCGAGGCGCAGGAGCAGGUCUGGCGGGAGACGCGAGCUGAGUUCGAGGCCAAGGUCCCCGAGAUCAAGGCCGUGUAUGAGAUGCUCGAGAAAUGA